UGGCAGAAGAAAAGUUUAUUAAAUAAACAUGAACUUAAAGUGCUCUUGUUAUUUAAUUAAAUUCAAAAUGGACGCAGCCUUUUUAAGGGACAUAUUCCCACAAAAUCAACACAAUCAAUGACUUUUCCACAAUUAAUCCGCAGAAAUUGGCUUCGUGGUGGGAGCUGUGAGUGCUUUUGGGCGAGUUUUUCAUGCGAAAUGAUUAAUGUUUUGUGCCUGGAAAUGGUGGAAAAAUGACGGAGCUAUAAAAGAGGAAGGUGUCGGUGUGUAGGUGCGGCUAUAUUUACAAAAAUUAUUACUAUGCGGCACACACACAACCACCAAUCCCCGCGUGAGAGUGUGUUUGUAGUUGGGAGAUUGAGUCGUAUUUUGGUGGAAAAAUUGAUGAUCGGAGGAAAAUGAUGCGGAAAAGCUCGCUGUGGUGGUGUGUAGCGGGGUAAAGGGGGUGUGCUGUGGGGGUGGAAAAUGCAUAAAAAGUGCCUGGUCACCUCAAACCCCAACCUCCCCUAUGAUGGGUGAGAAUGUGUGCGCGGUCGCUGUUGCAAGUGGCAGCUUUUCUUCUUCAUUCCACAUUUUCUUCCUCAGUCGUCGACGGACCGUCAAGCCGUGCACAUGGGCUAAAGUGGCGUGUUGUAUGUAAAUAUUUUUAAUCAAGUGUGAAAGACAGAGACAACUAGAAAGAAAAAAAACAAAGAGUAAUCUAACUUUAUUAAAUAUCAAUUGGAAGAAAGAUGAUUGUGUGUGAAUAAAACUUCUUAUGUAAAAAUCUUUUUAAAAAAAAGAGUGAUUUCUUUUUUAAAUGGCGCACAAGGACGUUUAAUAGCGCCAUUGGUAGUAGAGACGGUUUGGAGAAAAAGAACUGUGUGUGUUGGGUGCAAUAUCAUCGAUUAAUGAGGUAGCUGGAAAAGAAAAGUGAAGUGUUUUUUAAUAAAAAAAUAAUUUGUGAGUUAAUAGUUUUAGUAAGAAGAAAAAUAAACCUUUAGUGUAAUUUUUUUCUAAAAAAAAAACUCCAACACUGUGUACACCAAGUACGCAGAAAGAGAGAAAAUUAAAAUUAAAAUGUCUGUGUGCAAAGUGAGAAAGGAAAAAUGCACUUGAUUAAUGCAAAGAAGAAAAAACUAUAAUAUAGAUAGUGAAUAAAUAAUAGUGCAGUGGUGUAUGGUGAAGUAUAUAAAUGUUUAAUAAUUUAGGAAGAAAGAAUAGAGUUGAGUGAAUAAUUCAUGUACAAUGAUUCGAUACAAUGGCGUACAACCACCAUCUGUGUCAUCCUCAAUCAAUACAGCAUGUUGUCAUCUGAAUUGUUCUCGACCUAAUAACUUUCUGCCAACGUCAGCGGCACGAAAUGGGCUUCCACGGUGUCCGGACACCCUGCUGGACAUCACAGCCAGGAAAGUGGCCGAAACGGAGCCCUUUCAGCGAAUUGAGGAGCGCUACGAUCGAAUACCCGAACCUGUUCAGCGUCGCAUCAUUUUCUGGUCAUUCCCGAGGAAUGAGCGCGACAUUUGCAUGUACAGCUCGUUGUCCAGGGUAUCACUCCUGAAUUCGGGUGAUUCGCAAAGUCUGAGCUUCUGCAAGGGAUUAAAGCUCCUUGAGAGUGGCUGUGUGGAGAAUGUUCUACAAGUUGGCUUUCACUUGAGCGGAACUGUCUGGACUUACCCACCGAACACAAAUGACGUAUCUAGUGGUGGUCAAUCAACCACCAACUCACAACAGAGCGGUGGUAACAUAAUAGGUCAUCCUCAGCAACAACCACAGCAUCACCAGCAGGCAAUUCGUUUACCUGUCGAUCGGGAUGGUAGUUCCCAUAAUGGAGCCGGAGGUGGAGCCGCUGGUGGCGUGAGUUACUCCAUGGAGGAGAAUAAGAAAUAUAAAGUCUCCGUUAGCUUUGACAGAUGCAAAAUCACAUCAGUAACGUGCAGCUGUGACACAAAAGACAUCUUCUGGUGCCAUCACGUAGUUGCGUUGUCGCUCUACCGGAUUCGAUAUGCUGAGACAGUUAAACUGCGAGUUCCCAUAUCGGAAACCCUCCUGCAGAUGAAUAGGCAGCAACUGCAGAAAUUUGUGCAGUAUUUAAUAUCAGCUCAUCAUACGGAAGUAUUGCCAACUGCUCAACAAUUAGCCGAUGAAAUUCUUCAGCAAAAGUCAGAAAUAAAUGCAAUUUGUGGAGCACCCGAUCCAACAGCAGGUGCAGCAACAGACGACGAUCAUUCGUGGCAUCUCGAUGAGACACAAGUCUGUGAGGCAGUUAAGAGCUACCUGGGCUCCGGGAGCUACUACAAUGGCAACAAACAGCUCAAUUCGCUCUUUGCCAAAGUGCGCGAAAUGCUGCGGGCACAGGAUUCAAAUGGUGCCCGGAUGUUGACACUGAUAACGGAGCAAUUCCUCAAUGAUCCCCGGUUGUUGCUGUGGAAGAGUCACGGUACACCAAUGACGGAGAAAUGUCGGCAGCUGUGGGAUCAAUUGGGUGCACUGUGGGUGUGUAUUGUGCUCAAUCCGCGUGCGACGCAAAGUGAGAAGAUGCACUGGAAGUCGUUGCUGGAGAAAUGGUCGCGUAGUGAAGUUUGCCCCCAGGAGGAUCCGGAUUUUCGACCUCCUGGCCGUGAGAAUUACCGCGAGAGGUCCCACAGGGAGCGGGAACGCGAUCGAAAUCGCUUUUUUCGUGAGAACAACAUACGCAAUAUGAUCUAUCAGUAUCAGCAGAAUAUGCAAAAUGAUCAGCAGCAGCAGCCACAGCAUGGCAAUCGCAAUGGGGUGAAUAAUUUCAAUGAUGAGAACUACGAUAGCUCCGAAUCAGACUCGGAUUCCGACGUGGAUAUGGAUGAGAACAACGAGGGGGAUAUCAGGGAUAUACAGCCGGUGAAUCAUGAGGAGAAUGGCAAUGCCAAUGGGAUCAAUGAUGAGAACAAUGACGGUAUCCUUCUGCCACCAAAUAUAAAUGACAAUAAUUCUGUAAAUAAUGGCGGAGAUGAGGAUGACGAUGAUCCACGGCGUCACCAUAAGAGUAUCCUCAAGCGCAUUGACUACAUCGAUCGGGGUAAUGAUAUUCUGGGGGAUGAUCUAGGACGCAAUAGGAGUGAUGAUGAUGACAAUGCCUGCCUUCCGGGUGAAGAGGGUGACAAUCAUCGUCCUGAGGAUCGUAUUGAUCACAUUGAUGGCAAUUCCAAUGAUCAAUGCUUCGACGAGAAUAGCCGGGGGAAUUUUGAUCUCGCCAUUCCCGGAUGCAGUGGCAUCAAUGUGAACGUUGACAUUCCACCUCCGCUCCCGGACAAUGAUGAGAGCUCACGCGAAAGUAUGGAUGUGGAUGAUAUCCCCGAUGCCACGCUGAGGAAGUUUGAACUGAAUCUCGGCGAGAUUGACAACAAGGAGCCAAGGAGUCCCCAAGCGGGCUCAAGUGGGGAUUUAGAUGUUAAUUUCUUUGCCGACGUGUACAUGAGUGACACUGCCAAUGAUACCAACUGCCCGAGUAAUGUGAAAGGGUGCAAAUGCCAAUCAUUCGAGUCGAAGGACACAACGGAUGCAAUAUGUGAGAAGGAGAAGAAGGAUUCAACGGGUGCUGAGUCGAGUGCCGAUGAGAAUCACGAUGGAGAUGAGAAGAUUGAUGAAUUCCAAGCGGAUGAUCCACGUGGCGAAGCGCCCCAUGGGGAUGAGGCAGAGGGGCGCACACGGAAGAGAAGUAGCAACUGUGAUAGGAAGAUGGAAGAGAGUAUGUGCUCACCGCGCAAAAUACCGACUGAUUUUAUUGUUACAACAACCGAUUCCACCGAUGAGGAGAACAAAUGCACCGGGAAGUGCAUCAAUAGCUACCAACGCAAUAGUAGUAGAUUAGACGUUGAGGCGUCGUCCAGCACAAAGUCAAUUGUACCAACGGAAAAAUGUGAUUACUGCAAGAAGCAAGAGGCGCUCCUGGCGAAGAAUUGCGAAUGCAUCAUGAAUCGCCUGGAUCAUGUGAAUGGGCAUUCGUCGAAGAUGGUGAUUGAAUUGUCAAAGAUUGGGUGUGAAAAGUGCAAAGGGCAACCGCAUCAUGUGCCCGAUGAUGAGUCUCCGCACAAGGUGCUUCCGGAAAGUGAGCAGGAUGACAAAGUGGAAGCAGGGGAAAAGCGUGGUGAUGAGCACGAUGUGGACAAUGCACUGCUACAGAUUCCAGAUCCCAUAAAUGGUGAUUUGAAUAAUGUGGCAAAUGGUGAUGGUGGUGGUGCCCAAGGACGUGGCAUUAUACGUGGUCGUGAGCACAAUGUGCAACAAGAAGGUGAAGUAGGACGUCCCAAUAAGAAGCUCAAGUUGAACAAUGGAAGUGCAGCGAAUCGCAACAAGGCACCACGGACAAUUUUUCACAAAGCCCUUGAUGCCGUGAGUAUGUCAUGGGACAAUCAGCAUCUCAAGAACAUCCUCGCGAGUGAUUCCUACAGCCUUUCGAGUGCAAAUUCAGUCCAAAUUGCCGGGAGUAGUAAGUCAUCAGCUCAGGCAAAUAGUACCAGUGCCAAGUCGAAUUUCAAUACACUGGGGCAGCCAUUGUGGCAUGAACCACUUGCCAUGUGUGCUGCCCGUGUGGAUUCCCUGCGAUCUCAUGGACACACCGAGGCGGCUCUCAGGCUGUCUGUGAGUGUUGUGCGAACGAUGAAACAGGUGCAGAUGGAUGCUCAAUCGCUGUGGCAUAAGCAUCAGCAGUUUGUUCUGCAGCAGCAACAGCAGCAGCAGAAGAUGCUCCAAUCGAGCGCCGAUGAGGCUGCCAAGGGUAUGGGGGCGUGCUGUUGCAAUUGUCCCGACAGGAAGGGAAAACCCAUGUCAGCAUCACAGGGAAUGCUGCCAUCUGGCAUGUAUCCAAAGGCCCCACGAGAGAAUUAUGUAAUGUGUCGAUAUGAUUACAUUGGCAGCAGCAGAAACAGCAUUCCCGUGCAGGGGUGUAAGAGAUGCUUCUACUCGCGGAGCGCCUAUGAGGGCAAACACUGUGACUAUGAUGGGAAAAUGAAGAGCUAUGGGGGAUCCGGAAGUGGGCAUUUUGAGGCAAUGGGUGAGAAACCCAUGCUUAGACCCUUUCACAUGUUCCAACACCAGCAGCAGCAUCAUCAACCAAAUCUCCCCGAUCACGGUGGGAUGUCUCGGAAUAAUUUUAUGAGUGGGAGUCGUUUUAUGGGUGGCAGCGGUGGGGGGAGUAGCAAUGGUGGCUACUGUCACUCAUGGAACUCCCUGUUGCCGAUGUCAUCUUGCCACGCCGACGCAUGUGGGUCGUCGUCGUCGCAGCGGCAUCAGCACCCAUCAGACACGUAUGGGUCACGACCGUUCUUCCACAAGUACGAUAUGGAUGAGAUGCGCAUGAGGAAGGCACCUCCGGGUGGAGGUCGGAUGCCGGAAAUUGAUCCCAAAUGGAAGGGAAAGUGUAAAUGUAUUGAGCACAAUGAUUUACGAGGUCGUGACUUGGACAUGCCACCUUUCGUGGAUAUGGAGCCACCACGGGUGGGGCAUUCGUCGCAUAAUACCUUCAGGGGUGCUGCAGGGGACAGUCGUGCAGCGGGCCCCCCACCGGAGGGUUUACAGGGUGGUAGUGCAGGACCACCCCCGCCGCCACCCCCACCCCAGCAGCAGCAGCAGCAGCCGUCACAUCGAAUGAUGGGGUGUGCUGAGCAUCAGAAAAAUGAAUGUUGCAUAAAGAAUUUUUGCUGCAAAAUGGCCCAGGCUGGAAAAAUAUCCAUGAAAUCAUCGGGUGCCGUGGCAUCGUGUCGCACAUGUAUUAUGGAGCACUCACUAUUGAAUAAUAAAUGCGAUUGUCGCAACGUGACGCGACAUAAUUCCAAUUUCCCAUUCCCAUACCGUCAUCCAGCAGAUGUGGCCCCACCAUCGUCCGGGAAUUUAUUCUUCAAUAGACAAUUCCAUAGUCAUCCGCAACCGCCGUCAGUGGAUAACCAUCACCAUCACCACCAUCCGCAGCAUCAGUUGGACGCGAGCCAUCAUCAUCAUCACACCAUGUGCGGCCCCCCGCAGCCGUCCAUGUACCACCAGGGCGGAAGUCACGGGUGUAGUGAUUUCAAAUGCGGCGCCAACAUUCACAAGUCCCAUGCACUUGGCAAAGUAAACCCAACGAGUAUCGUCAAUUAUGGGGCGUCAACAUCCAAGCAAGUGCCCAGUGCAACGGCCACCAGUGGAAGUUCAUCGAGUGCAGCAGUAAAUAAUACUACUUGUGCUGCCGUACCCCCACCGCCAAGUACGUCAUCUCAGCCACCGGUUGGCCUCCUAACUGAUGUGGUGCGCAACAAGAAAGCAACUUGCGUGUCCAACUGUCUCGAUUGCACAAUUGGAUGUGAAGUUGAAUUUCCUUUGGAUGCUGUAGCGUGCAUUUUUGACUGCCUGACUGAGGCAUGCAUUAUUCCGGAUCGUAACCACGGACCGGAUAUGGGGCGACUGACUUUCGACAGUAUCAAUGCAGCCGCUGAGGAUGGGAGCAUUCUGUCGCCGCAAUAUCAACACAUUUAUGUGCCGAAUGCCACUGAUAAAUAUGAAACUUAUCUCACGCUGGCAUUCGAGUCGGCUGUUUUGGCGCUGGGGAAGCAACGAAUAAUGCCGCAAGGUCUCUAUUCGCAGCAUGUAAUUUGCAAGCAACAGGAUCAACUGAUUGCACGACUGCAGCAUAUUGAUUUGGAUCGUUUGCUUGUGGAGAUACUCAAAAAUUGUGCCAUACAGAUGAUGGAUGGUGGCCCAACGAGUGGAUUUGGUGUAACAAUUCAUCCGGAAUCUGUGCCAAUGCACACACUGGCGAGAUUCUUAUUCACAUCUCUCCUCAAUUACUAUCCGGAUUUGGCAUUCCAAGUGGGUUUGAGAGCCAUGCGACUGCCAGUGCUGGAGGAUGCUGAGGAUAGGAGUGGUGGUGGUGGAAAUGAAGGAAAUGCCGAUGCAGAAAAUCGUCGCGAUGGCUUUGUAUUGUCACGGUAUCCGCGAUGGUGGACACUGGGGCAUCUGGAGACGCAACAAUGUUCCCUGAGCUCGGCAAUGUUGAGUGCAGCAAAGGCGGAACCAGCACGAUUAGCGGGUGUUCUUGAGAGUGCCCGAAGGAAUAUUCAUAGUUCAUCGCAUCUGUUUAAGCUGGCACAAGACGCUUUUCGCUAUGCAACAACAGAUGCAAGUUCAAGGAGUCAAAUACUGCUGGGUGUUGCAUUUGAGCUAGGUUUGCAAGUAAUGCGAAUGACCCUGACAUGCCUCAAUUGGCGACGUCGUGAAAUGGUCAGGUGGCUCGUAACUUGUGCCACACACUUGGGGUUGGAUGCUUUAAUUUCAAUUAUGCAGAAUUGGUAUCAGCUGUUUACACCAACAGAAGCCACAGGACCUGUUGCCACAACUAUCAUGUCCCAUUCGACCAUAAUGCGACUCAAUCUAAAUCUACGGCAACAAGAGGAAUUGUCCAGCUGUGCGAGGACACUAGCCCUCCAAUGUGCAACGAAAGAUCCACCAAAUUGUGCCCUCAAUGCACUCACAUUGACUGAAAAUGACCCCAUGGCGUUUGAGGCUGCUUAUCAAAUUGUGAUUGAUGCUGCAUCACACAUUAUGACCUCAAGUCAACUAUUCACAAUUGCUAGAUACAUGGAGCAUCGUGGCUAUCCAAUGCGUUCCUACAAACUCGGUAUUCUUGCCAUGAAGAAUGUUCAUUUGGCCUACAAUCAGGACACCCAUCCAGCCAUCAAUGAUAUCCACUGGGCGUGUGCGCUAUCGCAUUCCCUGGGAAAGGCCGAGCUAGCAAAUAUGAUUCCGUUGGUGAUUAAGAAUGUUCAAUGUGCCACCGUCCUGUCGGACAUCCUAAGACGCUGCAGUGUCCCCACACCGGGGAUAACCCACUUCAAUUCACACCAUCGUGGAAAUAACAUGAGACCCGUACAGAAGCUGAGCUACGAUCGUGCACCACUGAGGCAACUGCUGGAAGCUGCUGUUGCUGCGUACGUAAACACUACGCAUUCAAGAUUGUCACACAUUUCACCGAGACACUAUGGGGAUUUUAUUGAUUUUCUGAGCAAGGCAAGAGAUACCUUCAUCCUGGCACGCGAUGGUCCAGCGCAUUUCUCGCGGCUAAUUGAAAAUAUCACGGUGGCGUACAAAGGUAAGAAGAAAUUGGUACGACAGGUGCGUCAGAGAUUUCAGUUUGUAUGAAAACGAUUAAUGGUUUCUCGGUGAAAUUAAUCAUCAAAGCAUCAAAAGAAGAUUUUUUGUUUUAAAUAAAAAGAGACAGAAGAAAAGCAUAAAAAAUUUCCAAAAUUCUUCACACAAAACAUUAAUGAAAAAAUAAAUAAUCAACAUUUUUUGGAAUGAAAAUCAAUAAAAUAUUAUGAUAGUUGAGAGAGAGAGAAAAAAAUUGUAAAAAAAGGGAUAAAACCAAAUAAUUUUUAAGUCCUAAUAAUUAUGAAAAAAAAUAAACGACGAUUUAUUUCACAGAGAACAAUUACAAAAAAGAAAAA